GAAAUAUACCUUCAGCUGUUCUGCAGCCCUGUGCCUCCUCCAUGGUCCCCUUCAUUUCUAAAAUUUCCUAAACCUGUCCCAUUUUAUCCCUAAAAUUCCUGUUCCAUCUCGAGACCAUUUCUUAGAACACUUUGCAGCAGGCUGGAGAAAAUUAACCGGCCCUUUGAGCCUGUCCCAGAGGCAUAGCUUUCCCCAGGCUGCCCUGUGCCUGUGUGCCCGGAGCGCCUAUGCCAUCCUGGCUGGUCUCUCCAUGUGCUGUUUACAGGAAGUCAGCCUGUGGGCAUGGCUUUCAGGAUAAAGUGGGAGUUACUCAUGCCUGUGAAUGGAUGCAUUCACUUGAUCCUUGGGCUCUUUGAUUCUCUUAAAGAAGGGCGUAUUCUUUGAGAGCAUGAUGCAUGUGAAGAUGAAGAGCAGUACUUUCUGGCCAGUCGUGUUUCUAGUCCUAAUUGCUUUGUUCUCAGGAGCAUUUACUGUCUUUGUCUUGUUCCACCUGUUUCUGUCGUCCCGUUGAAGGAGCGCUCCCCCUCCCGGAGACGUAAAGCCUGGCCGUCCUGAGCCCUGCGCGCCGAUGUCCGCGCCAAUGUCCGCACCAACGGGCCUCCCACCAGCGCCCGACUGCAUCGAGGUGAAGAUGGAAGGGAAGGAGGAGGCCUGGGACCCGGAACCCGGCCUGCCCCGCAGGGGCCGCUCCAGCCCCGAGGCCUUCCGCCAGCGGUUCCGGCAGUUCGGCUACCAGGAGGCCCCCGGGCCGCGGGAGGCCCUGGGCCGGCUGCGGGAGCUGUGCUGGCGGUGGCUGCGGCCCGAGGUGCACACCAAGAGGCAGAUCCUGGAGCUGCUGGUGCUGGAGCAGUUCCUGGCCGCCCUGCCCGCGGAGCUGCAGGCCUGGCUGCGCGCGCACCGGCCGGAGAGCGGGGAGGAGGCCGUGACGAUGCUGGAGGAGCUGGAGAAGGAGCUCGACGGGUCCGCGGAGCAGGUUUUGGGACAAAAUGCAGAGGACGUGGCAGCUCAGGAAAUCACUCGGGAGUCGCCAAGUGGCCCACCCCAGCCUGCGAUGCCCCAGCGCCCAUCGCGGGAGCGCCACUCCUCCAGGCCACGCGAUGACACUAGAACUCAAAAUGUGAAAUCAGCUUCGAGGCAAAAGACUUCUUCGGGCGUAGAACUGCAUGGCGAUGUCCCUAACACCGUCCACAGGAACGCUUCCCAGAGUUCCACAUCCAGAGGAACCGGCAGCCAAGAUGACACCUUGGAUAGAAGAUACAGAAAUCCUUCUCGGAAGAAACAGCGCAAGUGUGACGAGUGUGGCAAAACCUUCAGUCAGAGCUCAGCCCUCAUGCUCCACCAGAGGAUCCACAGUGGAGAGAAGCCUUUCGCGUGUGACGUGUGUGCAAAGGCUUUUAGCCGGAGCGCAGUCCUCGUUCAGCAUCGGAGAAUCCACACCGGGGAAAGGCCCUACAAGUGCCACGAGUGUGGGAAAGCCUUCAGUCAGAGCUCGAAUCUCUUCAGGCACAGGAAAAGCCACACGUGCGUCGGUCCUGGGAGGGAGUCAAAGCGUCUACUCAAAACUUUCUCAACAGAGGAAGACACAAGGCACCAGUAGCUCAAUAGUGUCGAUCACUGGUCUUAAUGAGCAGGGUCCUCUCAAAGGUCACAAAGGAGAGCAUACAGACCAUCUUAUGUCAGCCUUGUUUGCUUUUUGGCUACUGUGUUGAUAAGCAGAAAAGCAGACAAGGCUGAAUUGAACUUCUGAUUUCCAUCCGGAGAGUAGCUCUUGAAAGACUUUCUCAGACACGUUCUAUUUCUGCUCUUUGCACCAUCGAUGACAUAGUACAGCGGCCCCUCGAACCCUGGUUUGAACAGCACAAGUGUACUUUAUGUACAUUUUUCUCCGUACGUAUCCAGUUGGCCCUCUGUAUUCCUCGGCUUCAACCAACCACAGAUUGAGUCUGCAGAUGCAGGGGCCAACUGUGUGCAUUGUUCUGUGCCAUUUCAUACAAGGGAAUGGAGCACCCGCCCAUUUGGGUAUCUACGGGGGGGGGGGGGGGGGUAGGUGAGCCUGGAACCAGUCCACCGCAGAUACUGAGGGACGACUGUGUAUUUCUUUUUAGACAAAUGCAUGUCCCCUGUUGAGAAAGAAUGUGAGUUACUCCGUAUAAAAACAUAAUCUUUUCCAUUUCAUACCUUAAGUAUGGGAGUUCUCACACCAAAGGUGAAAGCACUUUUUAAACAUUUCUCAUUUUGCUUUCCGUUACUAGAUUUUAAAUAUGAGAAUAGGAUUGAGGAGGCCCAAGAGAAUAUGUACCUCAGGAUCUAGGCUGAAACACCCAGGGUCAUUGUCAGGAGGCUGGUGAGUAAAGGGACUUAAUCUCUUACGAAAACUCACAAGAGCAUAUACAUUACUGAUGAGACUAAGAAAUUCCCUGUGUAGGAAAAAGAAUAAUCUCCUUUACAGUUAAUUUGGAGAUCACUCAGUGAAGGCAGUAAGAUGACUACACGUCUUCAGGGAGUGGCUUCGGCCUGAGGACUGUUCUGGUAAUGAGGUGGGUUGUCUAUGCUUAUGUAAGGUUGAUGACCCUCUUAAUGGGAAGGGAAGGAAAAGGGAGAUGAAAAAAAGACUCCAGAUGAGCCGGCGGAUGCCUGCCCCUCCGGCUUCCUCCUGGCCCCCUUUAGCUGUGACCGUGUUUCAGGCACCACAAGGCAGCCUUGUCAGGGUCCUCUACGUUCUUAAUAAGAUGAUCUUCCAGACAAACGUGUGCAAAAUGGGACCCCGGAUUUUGACGCUCUUAUACAAAUGAAACCACGGAAGUCAAUUUAGAGUCCGCCCAAGUUUUACCCACUUCAGUCAGAUUCCCUGUACAAGUGUAAAAUGGCCGACGUGUGUGUGUUAACGUAUCCUGACAGGAUGCAACAGGCCCUCCCUUUCUCAGGGAGCCUGGGAAGACUGUUCUGGGAAUGUAUGUAUCGCUGUGUUUCCCUGGCGUCACAGUGACCCCACAUGGAGAACUCUGCUGCGGGGGGCUCCUCAGAAGUGGAAGUGUGCCAUCAGAAGAUCCAGCUGUGUCCCGUGCUUAGAGUCACCCCAGACACAGAGGAGGGGUCCCUGAGCUCCGCUUACUCCAUUCAUAAGAUUAGUAGGGGGAGAAGUAAAUGGGAGCUUUAAUUCCGGAAUCUGCUGGUGGCGAUUAUAUUUUCUAGUUCUGGGGCAUAUGGCUAUAUAUUGAGUUCUGUAUAUUUUCCGUUAUUAAAAAUGUAGGGAUUCUUUGUUUGGUGACAGUCUCUAGUUAAGAGAGGAACAAGCCAGCUAUUAAAGCAGCAAAUGCCUCA